AUGAUGAUGGCAAAUAAUGCAAGUUCUGAAGGCUAUUUUAUUUUACUGGGGUUUUCUAAGUGGCCUCACCUGGAAGCAACACUUUUUGUGCUUAUCUUGAUAUUCUACUUGAUAACAUUGAUAGGCAACUUGUUCAUCAUCAUCCUGUCACACAUAGACUCCCAUCUCCACACUCCCAUGUACUACUUCUUAUCAAACCUCUCCUUUCUGGAUCUCUGCUAUACCACAAGCUCCAUCCCCCAGCUGUUGGUGAAUCUCUGGGGCCCAGAGAAGACCAUUUCUUAUGCUGGUUGCUUGGUUCAACUCUACUUUGUCCUCGCUCUGGGAACCACAGAGUGUGUGCUUUUGGUGGUGAUGUCCUAUGAUCGUUAUGUAGCUGUAUGCAGACCAUUGCAUUACACUGUCAUCAUGCACCCUCGAUUCUGUCACAUGUUGGCUUUGGCUUGUUGGGUAAGUGGCUUUACUACCUCAGCACUUCAUUCCUCCUUUACAUUCUGGGUACCCCUGUGUGGACAUCACCAGGUGGAUCACUUCUUCUGUGAAGUUCCAGCAUUGCUCCAAUUAUCCUGCGUUGAUAUCCAUGCUAAUGAGCUGACUCUCAUGGUGAUGAGCUCCAUUUUUGUUGUCAUACCACUUAUUCUCAUUCUCAGCUCCUAUGGUGCCAUUGCCAAGGCUGUACUGAGGAUGCAGACAACUACUGGACUUCAGAAAGUCUUUGGGACCUGUGGAGCCCAUCUUAUGGUUGUUUUCCUUUUUUUCAUUCCAGUCAUGUGCAUAUAUCUCCAGCCACCAACAGAAACUUCUCAAGACCAAGGAAAAUUCAUUGCUUUGUUUUAUACUGUUGUCACCCCUAGCCUCAACCCUCUUAUCUACACCCUCAGAAACAAAGAUGUAAGAGGGGCACUUAGAAGACAGAUGGGGUGA